AGAGAUAUAGAGAGAGAGCGAGCGAGUGAGUCUCCAGUAAAAGGGCAGCUCCUCUGUAGUUUCAUGUUGAGUCGUGUUUCUUUCUGCCACUGAAGUUCUUCAUGCCAAAGUAGAAGCUUCACUGACACACAUUACUAGAAACGGGUCAGGAAUGAAGUGAUGGACCCAAAUGAAGCAGCUCUGCUCACCUGUGCCAUCCUCUGGUCACUCAGUGUUCAACAGCACUGCAGUGAUGAAUUUGAUGAGCUGAAUUCCAUGGUGUCUCAUCACUGAGGAAGACUAACAGCAAGAAGACAUUUUUUUUUUACUGCUGGGGACCCAUGGAUGCGAUUCACCCUUCACCCAGCGCAGGGUUGUCCAACGUGUCCUCAUUCGCUCGCGUGAGUGCCUUCCAGAGCUACCGGGACAAUGAAGUCCUUCAGCGGCACUAUAACUAUACAGGCAAACUGGAUCAGAACCGAAAAGGACUCAAACCAGAAGCCAUUGCCUUACUUUUCAUCUGCCUCAUCAUUGUUGUGGAGAACUUCAUCGUCCUCAUGGCCAUCUGGAAAAACAAGAAGUUCCACAUGCCCAUGUAUUAUCUGCUGGGCAACCUGACGUUCUCAGACCUGCUAGCCGGAUUCACUUACAUGCUGAAUAUCGUCCUGUCAGGGCCGAAGACGCUGAGUUUGACACCACUGCUCUGGUUUCUAAGAGAAGGUGGCGUGUUUAUUACGCUGAUGGCGUCCAUAGUUAGCUUACUGGCCAUCGCCAUUGAGCGUUACUUCACCAUGCUCAACACAAAGCCUUAUUACCGCGCCAAGCGCAACCGCAUGUUCGCUCUGAUCGGGGUGAGCUGGGCGUUGUCGCUGUUGCUAGGCACCCUGCCUAUUAUGGGCUGGAACUGUUUGCAUGACCUGAAAUCGUGCUCCACAGUGCUACCGCUCUACGCCAAAAGCUACAUCUUUUUUUGUGUAUUCGUGUUCAUGGCCAUCCUGUUCGCCAUCGCUGUUCUGUACGGACGGAUUUUUCACUUCGUAAAGUCCAACACGCAGAACCCAAGUUCCAUGCCGCGCAAAGCCUAUGGCCUUCGCUCGCGGAAGUACAUGGCGUUGCUGAAGACGGUCACCAUUGUGGUGGGAGUGUUUAUCCUGUGCUGGAUGCCGCUGUUUGUGCUCCUGCUGAUGGACUUUGUGUGUCCCACGAAGGCGUGUCCGGUCCUCUUCAAGGCUGAUUACUUCCUGGGUGUGGCCAUGAUUAAUUCCUUCAUUAAUCCCAUUAUUUACACAAUGACGAGCAAAGACAUACGGCGAGCCAUCCUGAAGCUGCUCUGCAAACGCUGCCUGACGACCAAAGAUGGGCAAGUGAGGAAUAUUGGCAUUAAGAUUAGCUUCACUAAGACGGACGUAAACCGCCAGGGGCUGGAGACGACUGUUUCAUCGGGCAAUGCCACGACCAUGCAUGUCAAAUCCAUCUACCCAAAGCUCAAAUUUUCCGUCAUCGCCUAACGCCAUGUUACACAUAAUCAGAGGUUUGUCCUUUCCAGUUGCGACAGCAAUACGCAACAAUUCUGUUUUAGACACGGUUUCUAUUUCUGCGACGUUGCGGCUGGAACAGCAUACAAAGUAUGACAAUGAUAAUCACAGGUACUAAUUAUAUGCUUUAUUUAAUAUAUCCUUUAUAGCCGUAUUGAGCGACAAUGGAUAAUUCACCAAAAUUAAAGGAAACAAGAGUGUUCGAACUGUCAACUCAAUGUGAACAAACAAGAGUAUUCUAUGAUAAAGACUGUUUGUCACUCAGUAUGUAUUUUUAAUAAUGUUAAAAUUGUGUAAUAUUUAUGAAUUUGAUGUACUUAUCCAUUUUGUUGUGACUGCAGUGUGCUUGCAGAGACACUCCGCCCACACGCUCUUCUGAUUAGCUGUGAUUUCAGAUCGAUUUGGUUGCAAGUGCAAUGCGCUUUUCUGAUUGGCUGUGAUUUUGACUUUAUUUGUGGAGCGUUGAAAGUCCUCCUGGGAAGUUUGUACUUACAUUGUGGGAAGUUGUGUUUGCGAUGUCAGGUGCGUUCAAGUCACUUUCGUUGGAAAUAAGAUGGCAGUGUACCUUCUUUUAAUGAACUACAAAAAAAAGCAAGGUUUUUAACUGUAGCCUACAUCUAAAAAAUGAAGAACAAAGAAUGUGUAUUAGGUGUGUUUUGCUUUUUGUUUUUAAUUAUUUUAUGAAGCCAUUGUAAACUUUAUUGUUACAUAUUAUAUUGUUAUAUUACAAUGCUAUCAUAUUUUGGGCAUGCAAAUAACUUACUUCGCUGUAAAUAGAAAAGCCUGACAAUGUCACUGUUGAAUACCUAAUAUUGUGGUAUUCCGCCAUGUUUCUCACUGACACGCACCCAAAUUGUAAAGAUUGGAGCCACUCGUAUUUACGACAACUUUCCAACAUGACUUGAAUGCACCAUUAGCUGUGAGUGCAGUGCGCUUGCAGAGAGACUCCACCCGCACGCCUUUCUAAUUGGCUAUGAUUUUUGUGUGAUUCUGUGUCACGUCUCGUGUGCUCAGACAAAAUGCUUGUCACUGGAAUUUUGUCUUGACUUGUCUUGUUAGUACAUAAUGUAAAAAGUGUUCUUGGCCGUGACAUCUUCAGCGCUGAACAUGUGAAAAUGAUCCUGAGGACUCCAACUUUGUUACACAUACAAGCCCAAGCACAUUCAGGCUCUGGACUGAAUCAUGAUGAACCAAACCGAAUUAAAGGCACAUAAUAAACCACAGUCGCAAAGCACAGCUGGAAAAAAAAACAACAAUUGCACUUUGGCAAAAUUCCCUUUUGCUCGCAACAUGGACCUGAAGCUGUCGUGGGCAGAAAGUGGUAUUUACGUAGGUGUUUUCCAGCAUUUCAACAAACAGCCACAUGGCCUUUUACAUUUGAAUUCACAAUUACAUUUGCAAACAUAUGCAGAAAUACUCUAUCAGUGCAUCAACCAGUAGCUAUCAGUUUGAGAUCUGCAGCGCAUGCAAAGACUUCAAACAAACAUGCAGUUUUCUGCAGACGGCAGUGAACAGCAGAGGGACCGUGAUAUAAGACCAUAUAUGUCUGUAGAUUCUGGUACUGUAAAAUAUACAAACCCUUCACAGCAAUAUGAGGAAAAGCACUGUAAAUAUUCCACUUCAACAGAAACGCUUCCUAAGCACUCUUGAUUGAAUGAUGAACUGUAAGCAUCUCUUAACACAAAAGCAUUUAAGAUUUGUUUGUACAGGUUCUUUUGUACAGUGUAAAUGUUUGAUAUGCUGUUUUCACAAGCUUUUUUUUUUAAAAACCAUUGCUACUAAAUUAUGUUUUUUCUUAUCUGACAUUAAAUAUUUUUUAAGAUAA